AUGAACCUUUCAGUUGGAUCACUUGACCCCCAAUGCGCUGCACACAGCCUUGGUCCAGCAAAUAUUGCCUUAAAUACUUUAUUACAAACAUUGUUAGCUGCUCAAUGCGGGCUCACCGGUUGUCAAAACUGGCCUGAAGAUUAUGGUCCUCAUUAUGUUAACAAAGGAAGCGAAAUAUUUGAUUUUAUCAUAAUCGGAGCUGGAACAGCCGGCUCAGUAGUUGCAGGACGACUAAGUGAUAAUCCAAACUAUCGAGUUCUAUUGAUUGAAGCAGGUGGUGACCCUCCUGUCGAAUCAGAAAUUCCAGGUAUGGCGUAUGCGCUUCAAGGAACUAGAGUUGACUGGAACUAUACAACGACACCUAACUACAUGUCAUGCCUGGAUUUUCCAAAAAGCUUUUGUCCAUGGCCUCGAGGAAAAAUGUUGGGUGGUUGCUCAGCUAAUAACGCCAUGGAAUUCAUUUUAGGAAAUAGGCGAGAUUUUGAAAUUUGGGAAAGCAUGGGGAACCCAACAUGGGGGUGGGAUGAUAUUUUCGAGCACUUACGUAAGUUGGAAGAUUACAAAGCUCCUAAUCCAUAUCAUGUGCAUGGAACCAGAGGUCCGUUGGUUGUAGGUCGAUUUAACGGAGGGUAUCCAAAUAUAAAGAAGCUGAUCAUUGAAGGGGCCAAAGAAGGUGGAUAUGAAUCUGUUGACGACUUUCGUGAUGGACAUUAUUUAGGAUAUGGGUUGUUGAAUGCUUUGGUAAUAAAUGGAACACGAAACACACCUGCCAAAGCUUUUCUCCAAAAUAUGAAGCCAAACCUUGUAGUAGUCAAGAAUGCAAUUGCCACCAAAAUCAAUUUCGAUAAAGAUAGAAACGCUCAAUCAGUGGAUUUUAUCUAUACCGAUAAAAAUAACGUUCGCCAUCAGUUGACAGCGGAAAACUCUAAAGAAAUUAUUUUGAGUGCUGGCACAAUAGAGACCCCAAAGCUGCUCAUGUUAUCUGGAAUAGGUAGCCGAACACAUCUAGAAUCUUAUGGUAUCCCCGUGAUAAGUGAUCUACCAGUCGGCGAAAACCUCCAAGAUCAUGUCUCCGUUACAGUUCUUUUCAAAAUCGAUACACAUACAAAACCAUCUACGGAUACAUUAUACAAUUACCUCAUCCAUCGAUCAGGACCACUAGCCGGCGUUAACGUGCUAGAUGCAACUGGUUUCGUGGAUGUCCGCAAUGAGUCAGGAUUAUACCCUUCAAUACAAAUCCACCACUUAUGGUUUCCAAAACAUACGAACCCAUCCCAACUUGUAGUGCUCGGCUCAUUGCAACAGUUUGUGAAGGAUGUGGAAAAAUCCGAAAUUCUGGGAAUGAUGUUCGUUCUAAUAAACCCCAAGUCAAGGGGACAUAUAAGGUUGAAAAGCACAGAUUAUCUUGAACAACCGGAAAUAUUUCCAAAUUAUUUGUCUGAGUAUGAUGAUGUCAGGCUUCUCCGUCAAGCUAUCAAACUAGGAAUAAAGCUUCAGCGGGCGCCAAUCUUCAGGAAGUAUGGCAUGGAGCUUUACCGGAUAAACCACCCCAAAUGCGAUGAUUUUGUUUUCGACACAGAUGAAUAUUGGGAUUGUUACAUAAGGCAUACCAACAACAUUAUCUAUCAUCCAAUUGGUACUGCCAAAAUGGGGCCGAUUCAAAAUAAAGGAACCGUCGUCGAUUCUAGACUUCGAGUUAAAGGGGUGGGAAGACUACGGGUAAUCGAUGCUAGCAUUAUGCCGAAAAUCGUCAGUGCCAACACACAGGCAACUGUAACUGUAAUAGGAGAAAAAGGUACUGAAUUCGUCAAGGAAGAUUGGAUCAUUUGA